CUAUCAAACUCCCAGUAACAGAGGAGUUAUCUGACUGUAGUGGAUCGCAGGCAGAGACUCCGGUCAAAGAUCAAACAAUCAUCUGAACGGCAGCAAGAGCCGGGGGUGACGUCACAGCAGCGAAGAGGAACGUGCGCUGCGACCUGGCCAGCUGUGUGUGUUUGAGUGGCUUCGGGGUGACAGUGGCUAGCUUUAACACAAGGAAGUCGAGGACAUGAACGCAGAAACAAAGACAAAAACCGUCGACUUUCCCUCACGAGACUCCUGAUUUUUCCAUCCAGCUCAGGCACACAGUGUCAGCCAUGUGUCCUCUUGUUGCCGAUCUCCCAGCAGUUUCCUCUAAGAUGGAGAUGAGCCGAGGCAGCACUGCCAUGUCUGUGUGUACCCCAUCAGCCUUCUCAGUGUGAGCCACCAUCAGCUGCGUGUCACUGUGAUAGUCAAAAUUUGCAUUCGAACAUGGCCACUGUUCCUCCUGGGAUCCGCCUGCUAGUGGCCUUCGACAGGGACCAGUGGUACAGAGCUCUCACAUUCAUCCUCACCUUUCUGCUUUACACCAGCUUCCACCUCUCCAGGAAACCCAUCAGCAUUGUCAAGAGCGAGCUCCAUAAGAACUGUUCAUCUGUCAGUGAGCUAGCCACCAUUGCCUCCAGCAGCAGCAGUAGCAGCCAGCAGCCCUUCCUGCCAUCUCUUCACACAGACAUGGACUGUAGCUGGAAACCUUUUGAUAAAAGGAACUACAGGCAGCUGCUGGGAGCCAUGGACUACUCCUUCCUCUGUGCAUACGCAGUGGGAAUGUACCUCAGUGGCAUUAUCGGGGAGCGCCUGCCUAUCCGACUAUAUCUAACAGUGGGCAUGCUGACCAGUGGCCUGUUCACCUGCCUAUUUGGACUGGGUUAUGUCUACAACAUCCACAACCUGGGCUUCUAUAUAUUUGUCCAGGUGGCCAAUGGCUUGGUCCAAACCACUGGCUGGCCCAGUGUAGUGACCUGCAUUGGUAACUGGUUUGGGAAAGGAAGGCGUGGACUCAUCAUGGGGUUGUGGAACUCUCACACCUCAGUGGGAAACAUCCUGGGCUCUCUGAUCGCAGGCUACUGGGUCUCCUCCAACUGGGGCCUGUCCUUCAUUGUACCAGGGCUCAUUAUUGCUUUCAUGGGCAUCGUCUGCUUCCUCUUCCUCAUUGAGCAUCCAAAUGACGUGAAAAGCAUGUAUGCUCAAAAUACGUCUCCGGGCAAGAGUGUUCCAGCCAAGAGUUGGAGUGGUGUAAAUGGACACACUGGGGUGUAUCUGCAGUACAAGGACAACAAAACCCAGAGCUACGACACAGAGCUGCUGUUGCCCCGGGACAGUGUGUGUGUCCCCACACAGCCGGUCGUUGUGGUAAAGAGAGAAUCAGAGCCGUCCGCCAUCAGCUUCAUGGGAGCUCUACGCAUACCAGGAGUGGUCGAGUUCUCUUUGUGUCUGCUGUUUGCCAAGCUGGUCAGCUACACCUUCCUCUUCUGGCUGCCACUCUACAUCACCAAAGCAGCUCAUCUAGAUGCCAAGAAGGCUGGAGAUCUCUCCACCCUGUUUGAUGUGGGAGGAAUAGUGGGUGGGAUCUUGGCAGGAGUGAUAUCUGAUAAACUGGGGAAGAGAGCCACCACCUGUGCAGUCAUGCUGCUGCUGGCUGCUCCCACACUGUAUGGCUUCUCCAUGAUCAGUGAGUUUGGGCUGGGGCCAACCAUUGGCAUGCUGUUAGUGUGUGGAGGCCUAGUCAAUGGACCAUACGCCCUCAUCACAACCGCAGUGUCUGCUGAUUUGGGGACCCACAAAAGCCUGAAAGGCAAUGCCAGAGCAUUGUCUACUGUCACUGCCAUCAUCGAUGGCACAGGAUCUGUAGGUGCAGCACUGGGCCCCCUGCUGGCUGGGCUGUUGUCUGCAGGCGGCUGGGAUCAGGUCUUCUACAUGCUGAUGACUGCUGACUUCCUUGCUCUGUUGCUUCUGCUACGGCUUGUGACAAAGGAGCUGACCUCAACUAAAUCCCGUCCCAUCUCCACUGUAGAGUUGAAGGAACACUGAGCACUUUGAUUGCACUGCCUCCACGCAGGAGAUCACAUACACACACAUAUGCUCACACACCCACACACACAGCAAUGAAACCACUUGUCUUAGCCUGAAUUGGACUGUGGCUCUGACUGUCCUGGACAUGAGAUAUUUACCACACACACACACACACACACACACACACACACAGGCACAUGUCAACAAAGCAACGUGUGUGUGUGUGUGUGUGUGCAUUGCCAGCUACAGUAGUUAAAUAGACUGUAUUUGCAUCCCUGAGGAAGAGCUCAGGCUCAAGUUCUGGCUGGUGGACCAAAAAGACCUGCAGCAGAUCUCUGUGUGGAGGAUUCAGAAAUGCACAAAUAUUCAACUUCUCUCCUUCUGUUGACCUAUGGCAGCCAGGUAGAGCUUGAACACACUACCUGCUUGUCUCCUCAAAGGACUGGCACAGAUAUGAAACUAGCCUUACUUUGACAUGUAUAAUAGAGCUAGAAGUGACAGCUAUUUAUUUUGGAUAGCAAUCUUUGAAAAAGCAACUUCCAUGAGACUGUGUCCUUGCGGAUCCUGCUGUAGUUGUCCACCUAUUUUUAAUCCCUUAGCUAACCAUAACAUCUCUGAGCUAAACAGUCAAUUUUAUAUCUAAAUCUAACCAUCUCAACUAUUAUACCUAUUUACAUAUUUUAUCUUUGAACCAUGUUGUGCUCAUUGGUGGUUUGAAAAAACAGCCGAGCCAGUCAGAGCUUUUAUAAAUAUAACUUGUUAGUUAACAAGAAAACGCCACAGUGCACCUUUAAAGGGUCAGUUCACUCAAAUUUAAGAGUUCUGCCUCCACUCCAGUACAAUGGGGCUGAUUUAAAUUCUUUUUGUGGUUCAACAGCAAUCUUUCCAGACAUACUGCCUGUUAUUUUAGAUAAUCCACAGAAGACACUGUCAAGUUUUUAUAGGGACUAUGUCUGAAAAAGAAAGUAGUUCAACCAAAACUACUAGUGUUGUGCAUUAUCUAGAAUACCAGGAACACUGUUUCUGUAUGUUUCUAUUGACAUUUGUAAAUGUCGUAUUUUAAUGCUUUGAAAAAAUCAAAUUUUGAUUGAAUUGGGGUGGAGACAGGACUCUCUGCUUGGACAAAUAAAGCCAAACCUGUGUAGAUGGAUGGAUGCCACUAGAGAGUGGUGUAAAAUUAUAAUUGUAAUUUAUGCCAACUGACCCUUUAACUUGAAUAAAAAAUAAAUUAAAAACAAAACACUGGUAUCUUCUUAUGUUUACACCAGGCAGCAACCUUUGAGGCUGAAAAAUGAAGCAGGUGUGGAAGUGCCAAAAACUGCAGUUUACUGAACGGCCACUUGAGGCCGGCUCCCAAACAGAGUCUAUCCCCAAAGAUCCCCAUGUUAAAAUGCCCAGCUUUACAGCAGAAAUAAACAUUUUUACAUCCUGGAAGAAAAAACUGUUUUAGACUCUAUAGCUAAUUUCAUCAUUCAUGACAACUGUACAUGCAUGACUAAUAACUCACCUGUUCACAUUUUAAUAAGGCCCAAAGUAACUCAUAAAUAAGGUCAGGGCAGCUUAAGUGACAGGCUGUCUGCAGAUAUUGUCCUUCCUCAGCUUCUCAUUCAGAUGCCAAACUAGGGGCUUCAAAACGGCAGUCCACAGACCAAUGGGUGACAGUAGCUACAUCCAUUAUUUACAGUCCAUGGUUCACACUAUUAAGCUAGUGUUUUGUUUUGUUUUUUUAAAUUCUGUUUCGAUGUGAUAUGACAGUCCUAGAUGAAAUUUUCUCUCUUUACCAUUUAUAUUAAUGUUGUCCUUUGGUCAAAUAAAGAGUAUUUUUUUUAAUAAAAAGAAAGAAAUGAACUGUCCAGCUGAAAAACUGCUCUCGGUAAACACAUGAGUUUGUCAGAGGGGUGCUGGACCUAAAUUCUGGGUGAAGCUGUAUGUGUAAAAGGAACACAGACCAACAACAACAAUAGACAACUCGCCUCUUUUGUGGAAGUUGCUGUUUCACUGUCACCUUUGCCUUACUGAACCAAAGAGAUUGCGGGGAUCAUGUUGUAAUUUAAGUAAGAGACUACCUAUUUUGAAAGUCAUUUAAGUUAUUCCUGUUGGUUAUGUGGUGGUUUCUUUUUUUUCCUUGAAUUUGUUUGUAAAAUUAUGGCACCAAAGUUGUAUUUUUAUAUCAGAGCUACAGAUGAUAAUGUAUGUUUUUCUGUGGAUGGGAUCUGAGAUAUUGUGAAUGUAAAUUUCUUCAAAUUAGAUUACUUAAGUUUUCAAACCUCAUAUGGAUAUAUUUUGCAGUGCAAUGUUGAUAAGUUAGGUUUGUGUUUAUGAUAGUUGGUCACAGUAAAUGAAUGUCAUCUCACACUUUAAACUUGGAAUAUCAGGAAAUUAUUCCAAUGUCUGAUCUUGUGAGCAUAAAAAAUCCUAUCUUUGAGAAUCAUAAAAGUCAGACACAAAAUACUGUGUUUGUUUUUUUCAUGAGAUUUAUUGAACAUUGAUAAAGAUAUACUGUUAAUUUAAUGGUUGUAACCUAUUGGAGUCAAAUCCAUAAAAUACACCUUGUAAUGUUA